GUUAUUUAUUAACACUAAGCUCAUGCUAAAUAUCUGGUAAGACUAAAUCUAGAAGACACCAUCAUCUGCUCUGAGGCUUCAGCAUGGUAAUACCAUAAACCAAGGAACCAAAAUAGCCUUUAUAGCUGGCAAACAAUCCUUUUUUUGGUUGGCCACAGGUCAAACGCUAUUUGUGAAGGGGCAGUAAUGGCUGUUGACCCCCUCUUGGCCUGGUGUUUGGCGUGUUUCACCCAUAAAGCAUCUUUAUGCCCCCUCGGCUGUUUACUAGAAGUUACUCCCCACUUGUGAAGUGCGUGACCGACGAGCUUGAAGUGACUGGGAAUGUGUAUGUGGGCGUGUAUCCCAGCGAAAACAGGCUGAGGUUACAGCUCCCAUCAGUUGAGAGGGCAUGAGUGAGUGGAGUGGGCGGAGCCAAUGGUCACUCAUCUUCCAGUUCGGCCACUGGAGCUGUGAGGUGACGGCACCAAAAAUAGUCAGAGAGAGGGUAUAUAGGGCCUGGAGCCACCCAGAACCAUUCAGACUCGCACUACUGACCGCACUACUGAACUUUCCAGGAAGGAGCUCCACAGCCAGACAUCCAGCCACAACACCAGUGGAAGAGCAGACCCAACAACAAGCUUGAAGAACUGAGAGAACCAAAGAACAUUUGCAGCUUCAAGACUAUCUGAGAACAUCUGAGUGAACAUCUUUCACAAGAACAGAGAACCUCAAGAAAAGCAGAUUAAGCAGAUUAAGAAGAUUUGAAGCCAUUCUAAAGUAAACUUUCAACAGGAACAUUCAAGAACUUAAAAAAGAACCCAACAGCUCCUUCACACCCAUAUCUGCUGAUAAACCAGAUUUGAUUCACUGAAAGACAAGAAGAGCUUCUUAGAGGAAGAUGAAGUACUACCAGUGCCCCGUGACCCCAACUGUGACCUACGAAGGCUGCGGCACUAAAAUCCUAAGCCCAGCAUCCUGCUUGCGCCCAAACAAGUCCCUCAAACCUGUCCGCAGCGUCCACUUCCCCAAUGAUGUUCUCUUCCAGGAUUACGUCCGCCAAGGCGAGCUGGAGAGGAUCGGACGCUUCAUUAGAACCAGGAGGGUGACCCUGGACACCAUUUACCAUUCAGGCAUGGCAGCCAUCCACGAGGCCGUGCUCUCUGGAAACCUGGAGUGCGUGAAGCUGCUGGUGAAUCUUGGGGCUGACAUCAUGCAGAGAGAUGAAGAGGGAUGGACGCCACUCCACAUGGCCUGCAGUGAUGGAUUUCCAGAAAUUGCCAAGUACCUGCUGUCUUUGGGUGCUGAUCCUGAUGCAGAGAAUGAAUGUGGAGAGAAACCUGCUGACCUUAUCGAUCCCGACUGCAAGGAGCUGGUGGAGUUAUUCGGGGUAGAAGGAGACUGAGGUUUCUCUACCAAGAUUCUCCAGAAUUCUAAUCAGUUUUAAACAUAACAGACCGUACAGUCCUGUUAGGACAGCCACUGUCACGGUUUAAGUCCUGAAAAAGGCCCUUUGGACACAUUCUUGGCCUGAGGUCACUGGAAGAGGGUGACAGUGGUUAUGUGAAUGGAGCACUCUGUUCUCGAACUGAAGGAUCCCACCUUCAUUGACUGCACAGCUGCUUUAGUCCCGCUGAAGAACGACACCAAAAGCAGAUAGUCAGUACCAGUUUAGUGUGUUUAGCGCUGCUGUGCUAAUUAUAUAGACAGCUGUAAAAAGAUAAAGUUUGAGUGGUGAUUUUCUACUAACUUGAUUUUAUACACUUGUAGUUUUUGGUAAUUGUGUAAACCACAACUGUGUUUUUUUACUUCUGUAAGUCUGUUUUAAGUACAUCUUUUGUAAGCUUGAAAUGUAUUUUUCACUAGUUCUAAGUGCUGUUUUUAUUCCAGUCUUGCACUGCAAAUUAUAGUCUUAAUUUUUAUACUUACACUGUUAUUCAAUAAAGUUUUCAUAAGUAAA